AUGGCAAGGAGAACCCCCUUGCGAGCCACUGCCGGGGGGGAUACAGCAUGGCAUGACAUGGAAUGGCGUAGCAUGCGGAUGGAUGGGAUGAAGACAGUUUACUUCGUGAUUAUUAAUGCGUCUGUCACCGUGGCCGCCACCGCCCUCGAUCUCCCGACCCCUAAACCCCCGCCAAUACCGACAGGCUGGUGCUGGCCGCGCCUCCCGUCGGGAAAGGCUAGAGAUGGUGGACCGACAUGGGGGAAGGAGGAGGAGGAGGAGAAAGGAAGAGGAGAACCUAAGGUACUACCCAAGGGGGCAGUAGUCUCCUACUCCAGUAUGAUCAAUCCACGGAUCCUUCUCGUCUGGCAACCUUCCGGGGGAACCAAUGACUGCGGUGAUUGGUAUCUUGUAGUCCACGGGGCUUGCAUAUGCGUUUCUUCAGCGGAUUGA